UGCCAUUUAACCGCAUGUAUCCUAGAAAGCAGCAAGCAAGUCAUGAUUUAACUGCACUGACAACUUGUUACCACUGAAAGCAAACCUACACUCCCAGUGACCAAAGCUUUCCUGGCAGAGCUCACUCUCCGGAUUUAUCAUUAACAUCUACAUCCUAACACUGCUAAAUAAUUCAGCACAGCAUUUAGCCUUAUGUCCUUGCCUCUCUGCGCAUAAACCGCUCUCACUAUUUACUGUAUGCUCCAGCAACAGGGAGAAAAAACCUGUCUGGACCAUGCUCCCUCUUCGCACUGUGUAACUGAGGGACAGCCUCUGCUGUCAACACAGCGGUGUGGGGUUUACUUAUUUUAUUUUGUUGGGAAAAGUGUUUAUUAGAUACCUAAAUAUAGAGUAUUACUUAUGUGCGCAGAGUCAUGACCGCGUGGACUCAGAUUCACAUGCAAAUUCCCCUUUUAAUAAUCCUAAUGCAGGAACUCUCCAAUCAGAGCGCUAUCAGCCCCAGCUCUCGGAUACCUGAUGCCAGCUUUGCUGGUAAUGUAGGCCACUGAAGCAAAUCCAGAGAGAUUGAGUUGGAAGUGGAAAGAGGCUCUAUUUGCUUGGCUUCCCGAUGAUGGGGGGGGCGUCGGGGUAUAACUUCUUAUUUUCUUUUCCACUAUAAAUGGGAUAUCAUUUAAGAAGGAUCAUUAGCUGAGAGCAGCCCAGCUCGAUCAAGGCUGGGAGGCGGGGACACAGUUGCAAGCAGUGAAGCAAGGUGGAAGCACGAAGACAGGAGACCAGGUUAAUGAAAGCAUGAGGUGGCUCUUGGGCAGCAGCUGGACAAAAUUUGGACAUGCUGACAGGGGAAACUAUGACUGGCUAAACAGUGAACCAGGUGGGCCACUUCUGGAAACAGAGCUUCAGAGCAGUCAACAGACAAGCUCAACCAAAGAUGACAUAGAACCAUUUCUGUGCAUCAUAUUGCCUGCCACCAUGAUGCUCUUCCUGGCAUUCCUGCUGCUCUUCCUGUACCACCGUUGCCAGCGCCAAACUCCACAGGGCCAGAUCUUCAGCAUCGACCUCCCCGAGGCCCUGCCUGAGCAUGAUGUGUCCAAUUUCCUUUCCGUGCUGCCCUGGAACACUGAACAGAGCUUCCACUACUCCACUCUGCUCCCUGAUGCCACAUUCCUCACUGUGUGCUUGCCUCCAUCCUACGAGGAGGCCACCAUGAAGACUUCCAUGGACGAGGCUCACACUGAGCUCUCUGCAGAACCAGUGCCUCCUUACGAAGAGAGCGCGUUGCAGUCCAACAGUGCCAAAUAAACUUCCUACGGAAGCACAUUAGCUAAAGCGUGCAGACCCUCAAGGCACAAACAUGGAACUGCUAUAAGGCCUUUAAAAUGUUCAAGAAGAUUCCAAGUAAGGCGCCAAACCAGUGAACUAACGAAAGAAGAAACUUGGAGUAACAGGGAACGAGCCUCUUCACCUCAUUCUACUAUGCUUUUCUACUUUCCAUUUGUUGCAAGCAUGUACACACAGCGUAGCACCAAAUCAGUCCCAGACUGGUAACAUGGGUAUUCUAGCUCAAAAAGGGUGUCACGCAAGAAUUAAACUUAAGGACAAGUGGAAAUCUGUGCCUCUGCAAUCCCUCAGCUAC